AUGGAGCCAUUGUAUGGCCCCAAUCCAACAGCCGCGCACGUCGCAGCGAUGGCAGCUCACAUCCUGGACAGUUUCGGCCGCAUUCCUUACCUACUUUGGGGCCGGUUGGCUGUGCGACUGGCCGGAGGCCGCGACCGGAGCCGCAACCCACACCUACCUGACAGUGAAUGUUCCUUCGUUGUCGACGAUGCCGAUCUGAGGCGGGCUGUUCAGGUCCUAGUGUCUGGCGGCUUCAUUCAGUGCACGCGCAGACGGAACUGUCACUACCGUUUCGGCAUCCCGGGCUCCCGCAUCAUCCCCGAUCUGAACGGAGCGAUGAUCCCGGGGCUCCUAGGCCCACCCGCGCCACUGGUGCCGUACAUGCUUUCAAGCGAUCCGGACACCGUGCCUCCGCGCAAUGGGGAUCGAGGCAGUGGGUACUGGCGCGGGCUGUGGCCAGUGCGCACGCUGAAACCGAACGCGCUGACCGCGGCGCUGUUGGACUGCAUGCUCCGGACUUAUGGGGGACUACCGGGAGUCCAGAAGGGCGAGAUCCUCGUAGAGUGGCUUGCUCUGCUCGUGUCGAUGAUAGAAGCGGCCUAUCCCCCAACGAUGAGGCUGCCACCGCACCUUCGAGCCCUGUGGAGAGCGUGUAACUCCCGAUUGAUCGAGGAGAGGUGGCAACCGAUCUUUCUGACGCAGCUGGUGUCUAGAAACUACGAGCACAUCCCGCACCCGGGUGCUGAGGAGGAGAAUGAGGACGAUGUAGCCCGGAGGGCGCAUUUCAUGGUUUCCAGAACGCAGUUUGUAAAUUACACUAGAUGGCAGUGA